AUGUUUGAGGAAAAGGUAAUUGGCUUCAAGAGCUCAACUGGGUCAAUCCCACUGGUUGGUGCCUCAAUUGUGGUUGACCAGUCAGAUUACCCGGGGGUUAUACGUGCCGCAAGAGACCUGGCCCAGGACUUUGCGCAUUACCAGAAAGUUCAGACCAAAAAUACUAUACUAAUUGGCAGCAUUGGCUCAAGUAGCCUCAUCAAGAAUUUGUCGCAGCAGGGCAGACUCGACACCCAGGCGGUCAGUGGAAAAUGGGAGUCUUUCGGCACAUCCAUUCUCGACCAGCCUUUCGGAGCAUGUGAGAAAGCUCUGGUAAUCUCAGGCAGUGAUAAACGAGGUACCAUUUUUGGUAUAUAUACCCUCUCUGAGCAAAUUGGUGUCUCGCCGUGGUAUUGGUGGGCGGAUGUGCCACCGAAAACCCAUCAAGAUAUAUAUGCUAUCGACAAACAAACAGUCCAUGGUGAACCGUCUGUGCGACAUCGAGGCAUCUUCCUCAACGAUGAAGCUCCAGCAUUGACCGGCUGGGUCAGGGAACGGUUCGGAGGAUACAACUCAAAGUUCUACGUAACAGUCUUCGAGCUCCUCCUCAGACUCAAGGCCAACUUCUUAUGGCCAGCUAUGUGGCCUGGCUAUCCCAACCCCGGAGCAUCGUUCUUCACAGACGAUCCACUGAACCAGAAACUAGCUGAUGAAUACGGAAUCGUCAUCUCUACUUCACACCACGAGCCAAUGCAGCGUCUUUCAAACGAGUGGUUUGCGGAGAAUUCAGAUGGAAGCUGGAAUUGGUUGACCAACAAGCAGAAAAUCACCGAAUUCUUCGAACAUGGCGCUAGUCGAGCAAAAGAGUGCGACUCGUACUUUACUCUUGGUAUUAGGGGAGAAUAUGACAAGAAGAUGACCGCUGAAGAUCCUGCGGCUGUGGUUCAAGAUGCCAUUGAGACACAGCGACAGGUUAUCAAGAAAGUUUAUGGGCGUGAAGACGCUGUGCCUCAACUGUUUGCUAUCUACAAAGAGGUCCAAUCAAUGUUUGAGACUGGUCGGCUGAGUGUCCCGGAAGAUGUUACUUUACUGUUCCAGGAUGAUAACUUUGGCACGAUUCGCCGACUUCCUACGGCUGAAGAGUCAAAGCGAAAGGGUGGCGCUGGUGUGUAUUAUCAUCUUCAAUAUGUCGGAGAUCCUCGCAGUUACAAAUGGAUCAACACAAACUCGCUUGGGAAAGUCUGGCAUCAGCUACAACAGGCCUAUCAUCAUAACGCGAGACAAAUCUGGGUCUUUAACGUCGGCGACCUGAAGCCUCAAGAGAUCCCAAUUUCCUUCGCCAUGGCCUUGGCCUGGAACAUCGAUAGCAUCAAGCACGAUAGCUUACCAGACUUCUUCCGUCAAGCCGCCGAGCGAGAGUUUGGCAGUGAACUAGCAGAAGAAGUCGGUUCGAUCUGGCAUCGGCACGACCGACUGCUGGCUUUGAGAAAGCAUGAGCACAUCGAGCCAGAGACUUUCUCAAUUUUACAUUACAAGGAAGCUGAUUCUAUUUUGAACCGUUGGAAAGAGCUUCUUACACAUGCAGAAAAGGUGCAUAGUCGUAUCUCUGAGGAAGAAAAGGCAGCUUCGUUCCAGCUCAUUCUCCAUCCUACCAAGUCUUCAAAUAUCUACAACGCACUACGGAUUAGCCAAGCACGCAACAAGCUCUUUGCUCGACAGAGGCGAAACUCGGCUAACAAAAUCGCACAAGAUGUUUUGGACCUAUUCGACGCAGAUUUUGAUCUGUCGGAAGAAUACCAUAAUCUCCUCAAUGGGAAGUGGAAUCACAUUUUGAUGCAGCCACACUACGGAUACGAAGAUACUUGGCAUGCUCCCUCACGCGACAUGAUCGGUGGUCUCUGCUUUGUUCAGCGUCGUCAGAAUUCUAAUCCCAUUGUUGGGCAGAUGGGUGUUGCUGUCGAGGGCCAUGAAGGCGUGCGUGUUGGGCGGAUCAACGAAGAGUCUGAGCGGACACAUCCAAGUCGACGAGACUUAGUCCCUGGUCUGACGCUGGGAACUAUGAGUCGUUACGGUCCGGAGUACCGAUGGUUUGACAUUUUUACGAGAGGAGUUCCUACUAUCAACUGGACAGCUUCAGCUCCCCACUCCUGGGUUGUCCUUUCAGAGCAAUCGGGCGUGUUGGUACCAGGACAGGAUGAUGCCCGCAUUCAGAUUUCGAUUCUUUGGGAUCAGGUGCCUGAUGACUUUCAAGACGAGAUUCUCAUUGAUUUCCGAUCCAAAGAAGGAGAUUUUGAGCAAGUACAUCUGCCUAUCGAUGGUAGACGAGUUCCAGACUCAUUCAAAGGUCAUUUUGUGGAAAAUGAUGGCUGCGUUUCCAUUCCUGCAACUCAAUGUCAGGCCAAGCCUCCCUAUACGAUCCUUCCCGAUGCCGGAAGACUGGAGACUGGAAGUUUGACUCUCGCUCCGGGUACCAAGGUCGAUGGCUCCAUCUCUUACGUUCAGUAUCCUUUCUACCUCUUCACAAAAGCCGCGAAAGCUACAUUGGUGCUGUACUUUGGCACCACUCUAGACUUGUCCUCGGAAGACACCUUGGCCUACACCGUUCAACUCGACGAUGGUGAAAGCAAUACCUACCCGUUACAGAAGAGAACCCCCGAAAGUGAGAAGAAUGCUGCAGACAAGGGAUGGGCUUCGGCUGAUGGAUGGUUCUUCGCUGCGUCAGACAAUGUCUGGGUAAGGGAGCAUGAUCUAGUGGACUUGGAAGCUGGUGCGCAUACACUGGGUAUCAAGCUGGGACAUGCAAACAUGUUGUUGGAAAAGAUCGUGAUUGACUGUGGGGGAGUCUCAAACAGCUAUCUAGGACCACCUCCCGGUAUCAAACCAUGA